AUGUUACUUUUUUAUCUUGGUUUCGCCUUGUGGACUCUUUUUGCAAUUGCAUUGCCAAUUGGUAAUGACGGUGUUUCCAUCGUUCACGUCAAAAACUAUGACGAACUUUACACUAAUUUUUCUGGCCUUCUUCUGUCUCCUGCGCUUAACACAGUGUUUCACAUCAACAGUACCAACACAUUUGUGGCGCCAGCCAACGACCUGAAACCUCUAGACCUCGAUUAUGUUGGUGCUCAAGGCUGGUUACGCAACCUUUUUUCUUCGCAGAGCCUCGAAUGGGUCGAGUUUGCUUAUAACGAUACUGAGCGGGUGGAAUAUCCUGGGUUCAUUCCCGCCAGUCCUUGUCAGUCCCAUGAGUAUGGAGACGGAGGAAGUGUUGGUUUUUCGUAUUCUUAUGGCCAAGAAAGAAAGGUAGGAAGUGGUUUGGGCAUCAGUUGGGUUAUCGAAGACUUGACGUUGUCGGCUGCUGCUGGGUCGACGUUGGGUAGUUCCACCACUAUAUCUGGAGUUAUUAGCUGUUCAAUUAGUAAGGGCAAGGUGGGCCAAGUACUUUUGAAACCAACGUAUAUCCGAGCCAGGGCCUCGAGUCGAAGAAUUCGAUAUAAUCGAGAAGUGAGAAAGUUUCUCUUUGACCAAGAUUUCGAACAACAGGAAGAAAUUCAACGCCUUUUGCUGCUGGGAGCAUACAAAAUAGCCUGUGCUACUAGUGAUGUUGUGCCGCUUUUCUGUGAUAAAAAACGGUUUGGAACCGACUGGGAUAACCCGUUGGGCGCCAACUACCAGAUCUGA